GACUGCUGCGCGAGGACUGGGCCGCCUACAGUGUUGAGCUCGUGUUGGAUUCAUCAGCCAUUCCUGAAUCAGGCACUGCCAAAGUGAGGUCUAGACCCACAGUCAAGCACUACAUGUCCUCCUCUGACAUUGUGCAAGGGUUUGCUGUCCCAACACCCAAAGUUCCUGUCCUCCCAUCUUUCAACGGACCAAAGAUAAACAGGGCAGUAAAUGGCGAUCGGUUUUCCAAUGGAUCGGCUAUAUCUGUACCUGAUUUGGUGGAAGGGGAGAUAUUUAUUCCACCUCCCCCUACAAUGGCACCCCCACCCCCUCCACCCAUGUUCAUCCCUCCCCCACCAGAUUUCUUGGGUGACUUGGACUCCAUUCAGCCUCCCUCCAUGCCCCCUCCAAAACCCCCAUCAAAACCACCAUCAGUGGUUCCAUCUAAAGAGUACGAGGAUUUCACCUCCCUGAAACCUCCACUUAUGCAUCCCCCGAAGCCCCCGUCAACUUCCUCCAGUGCUUCUAGUUCCUCUUUGUCCAUUUCUACACCACCACCGACCACUGUCCCUGAUUUUACUGAGCCCCCAAAGUUUGCCCCUCCACAGCCCCCUACAGACAUGAGGCAAGCUGCUCUGAAAGCCCUGAAGACCCCGCCUCCAAAGCCAACGAGGCUGUCCUCCAUCCACAGCAUUGACGAACCCCCCCAGUUUCCAGCCCCAGCUUCCCUUGCACAGAUCCCGACACCCUCCAGCUUCAACCCCCAGAACACAGCUAAGCUCUACAGUGUUCCUAAGACUGGCAUUCUAGGUAGGCAGGUGGACUGUGAUAAUAGGCCCAAGCAGAUCCUACUCCUCCAGGUCAAUGGGAAAGCCCCCUCUGUGGCACCACCAGCUAAGCCAGCCCGGAGAAAUAGCUCAGGUAUGCAGCUGGAGCAAGACCUGCAGGACUUAAAGGAAAACUUGCAAGCCACCCUUCCAGGCCAACCCACCCCACCCAAGACUUGGGAGGAAGUGAAAGUGGAGCCUUUGCCUUUAUCAGCACAACAGGGUAUCAACAAACCUGCCGCAACGCCCCCUAAAAUGUCACCCAAGCUUCAGAAGGUGGUCACUGCCUCUGUAAUCACAGAGGCUAGCCAGGUCAAGCAGGAAGCGUCUCCAGGCCGGAAUCGCAAGUUCAGUCCUAUGCUGGACCAUAAACUACGCAACCUAAAGGCCAGUGAGGUCACUGGGAUGAGGGAGGGUCCUUCUGCUUCCCCCCUGGCUCUUCUCAUGGCAGCUAAAGAGCGAGAGAAGCACAGGUCCACUCUUUCCCUUGAAAACAGCACAAAGAGUAAUGAGCCAUCAACCAGCAUCCAGCACAGUGAAUCCAAUCCCAAUUCUUUCACCGUCAUCCCUAGGUCCACCUCAUUCACUUCUGUAACCUCACAAGAUAAACCACAGUCUGUGGUCCCACUGGUGAUCCAAACUCCAGCAAAACCCCAGAUUAUUGAGUCAGUGGUGAAGGGGCCAAUUGCAAAUCCAGUAGUUCAGAGGAUUCUGCCCACCUCUAGAUCCUCAUCCUCCAGCAGUCUAGCCGUGGAGAAGCAAAGUGGAGAGCAGAGGACUCCUUCACCCUCUAGCCUUGUCAGGGAUGAAGAGAACAGGGAGGACCUAUGCAUGCCAUUACUCCCUCCCCCUCCCGAAUUCGAUGACCAUGAUGAUGUCGUGGACUCUCCCCCCAGCUCGCCUCCACCUGACCCUCCCGUGAAGAAGGUCCUGCCCCCCACUCCCAGCCCUGUCCUUCCAGUCCAGUCCCCCACUGCCACCCCUGUCAAAACUCCCUCCCCUCUGCCUCCGCCUCCGCCUCCGCCUCCCCCUCCAAAACCCAAAUCUCAAAGCCCUCCCAAAUUCCCACCUCCUGUCAUGGAGAUCAAACCCAAGCUGCCUGUUCAGACCAAACCCAAGCCACCUCCCACCCAGGGGCUCUCCUCCCUCUCAGCCAGCCAGGCCACGCUCCAGAGCAUCCUGCAGAAGAAGAUGCUAGAGAUGGACCGCAAAAUGGACAACAAAAUGCUGGCCAUGAAGGAAACAGACUCUGAUGACUGGGGGUCUCCCUUGUCUGAUGAGGAGACCAAGGUCCCUGUUGUCCUCAGAGUCACCCCGAAGAACCCUGUUAUCACCGCAAAGAGCAAGAGUGCCACCAUGCCAGCCAAAACACAAGGCCUGGACAUGAAGGAGCUGGAGACAAAAAUGGCCAUGAAGGCUCAGAGUUUGUCAGCGCCAUCAAAAGUUCCCACAAGCAAUGGGCCACAGUCAAAGCAGGCGUGUGGCAUGACUUUCAUGGUACAACCCGGAACCAAACAACCAAUCACUGUUGUCAGCAAAGGGGACUCAUGAGGAGCCAACUCCAAAUUAUACCACACAUACUGUACCAUACAGCCCCUGUCAAGGGCAAGGACAAUGGAAAGAGAGGGCACCUUAAAUACUGCUUAAAAUUGAUAUAACCAAUAAACACUGAGCACAUAU